CGAAAACUUACGUUCAUCAAAAUCAAAUCAUCAUGGCGGUAUUCAUUAGUGUUGCCUGCCAAAUGAAAACAAUGUGCACAUUAUAAUUCCACCACCAAACAUCUACUAAUACCGGUAGCCUAUUUAAAAUUUUAGUAAUUUUUUUUAAAGUUUAAUUUCACUCAAAAUUAAGGUACCAAAAUUCAUUGACUGAAACUAACACUGUCACUGUCAUUAAACUAGCGUAAAUAGUUUUUUUUUUUAAAGUAACUAGUAACAGGAGUUCUAAAUAGUAAAUUUUAUGGCCCUGCCGUAUUAAAAAUAGUAAUAAUAAAUUUAAUAAUAAAAAAUAAUUCUAUAAAGUUUUAAAGUGUAAUCAAAAUGUAAAUACUCAUUGGGGACUUAGAACUUUGUAAACUUACAAAUAAACAUUUAUUCAAAAAGCUACCCCCCCUCACUCCCCCUAAGUCCUAAGCCUAAAACCUUUUCUCUUACCCCUAAUUAUAAUUCUAUAUCAGGCCUGCACAACUCAAAAUGUAAGUGUAAGGUGGGCCGUAAUACUUUAUGAAAAACUUGUGCAGGCCAAAAGAAAAUAGAACAGGACUUGUGCGGGCCAAAAGAAAAUAGGACAGGGGUAAAGCUAUUAAGAAAAUGAUACAAAUUUAUUGAAUAAAGAUUAUUUUGUUACUUCCCUGGCCACAAAGUGGGUACGGGCAGGCCGCAUGUGGCCGGGGGCCGUAUGUUGUUUAGGCCUGUUCUAUAUGGUUAAUAUUGACUGUCUAUUGAAAUUAAUUGAAUGAGCUAUUCCCUUCAUUUCCAAAGCCAAAUGAUCCCUUCCGCCCAAACCCAAGGAAAAAUCUUCCCAGCUGCCACCACCACCACUUUAAUAUUACCUACCUUCCCUCACAGCACAAAGGCCACAUACACCCUCACUUUCCCUCCACCCAAUCAGCCAUUUUCUCUACCUUUCCCAAGCUCCUUCCCUAUCUUAACCUUCUCAACCCAGCACCAAAUGCAUUACCUUACCUGGACUGUAAACCAGGGUUGAGCAUCUGGUGUGCCACAAAACACUGGUGUGCCACAACUUGAUGCUAGGCAUGUCGCUCAAAAUGCCUCUUCAGUUUAUAUAUAUUAUUAUAUUAUAGAAGCUUAUGGAGCUAUUGUCAAUGCAGUCAGUUAAAUGUAUUAAAUGAGUCAGUUUCCAAGAUAAAUUUUCUUUAUUACUUUUACAAAAUAGUAAUACAUUUUAAAAUUUCUUCUCUAUCAUUCUUGUUGACCGACUAAAGUCAAUUUAUUUGUAAAUAACUCUUUUUUUAAACUCAUGUCUUUAUCUUGUAAUAGACUUAUUAUUGUCUUUGAUCUUUAUCAGAAGGUAAGCCUUACUCUCGCUUGGGAAAUUCAAGAAAUGAAGAUGAAAUUUUGUAUAGAAAAGACAGUAGCUGCUGGGGGAAGGCUUGGCAUUAUUUCUCAAGCUGGUCUUCAAGGAAAUGUUAAUCUUGAGACACCCUUAUGCACACUAUUUACUAAGGGGGGUGAGUUUUAAAAUAUUACAAAGAAAAUAACAAUCCCUUUACUUAUUAGACUUAUACUUUUUUUUUUUUAACUUAUAACUUAUAGUAUAGAGAUGCAUUAUUUGGGUUUAAUCUAAUUUCAAUUUUCACAUUUUUGUUCAAAUAUUAUAUUCUCCACAUAUAAUUUUCUGUUGUCAGAUUUUUUUCAAUUAUUUUUGUUUUGCUUUGUGUUGAAAUUACUUAAUCAAAAAGAGAAUGAAGUAAGAUGACUUUUAACAUCAUAUCACUUUGUAAUAAUUGUAACUUAUUUUCCUCAGGCAGCGCCCCACAUCUAAGUAUUGACAUGCUGCGCAGAGUUGCCGGUGUACCUGACAUAGCCGUGAUGAAUAUUGGUUCAUUGUGAGAUUAAAUUCUUUUAUAUGUAAAUAGCUAAAAGUUUAUUGAAUAAAGAAGGAAGAAAAAUUACACAUUUUAUUAGACAUUGAAUGGAAUACUGUUUAAAAUUUAAGUUGAUUUUUAUCCGAUUUUAUUUCUCUAUUAAGGUAGUGUAUUGAGAUAUAGAGCAUAAAAGGACCACCUUUUCUUUUGAUUAGGGCCGAUCACCAUGAAAGCAUUUCAGAUUUUGGAAAAGGACUAGCAGAGUUCACAGCCAUGAAAGUAUGUAAACAUCAAAUAUUAUACACUAGUUGUUAUACAACAAUAGUUUUAUUCCAACUUAAUUAUUUAUUUACACAUAUUAUUUUAUACAUUCUAAAUACUUAAUUGGGUUAGAUAAUCUAUGUUGUCCUUUGUCAUCCUUCCUUUGCAAUUUUCUUCUUUUGCAAUGUUUACGCGCUCACCAAAUAUUUUUAAUGACUCACAGAAACAUCUAAUAUUUUCCACACUUCAAGAUGCCAGUGCAGCUGUUUUUCCAGGCAAAAAUGAUAAAUCAGGUGUUGCUGUAUGGGGAAAGGGUGGUAAGAUAAAGGUAAAUUCACCUCCACUCGAAAGCUUACGAAUAAUAAGUUUUAAAUGUACAGUUAUAAUAAAGAUAAUAUAAGUUCUUUAUCAAAAUAAAUGGAAUAAAUAAAUAAAUAGAAAUGUUUUAAUACAUUGUACAUAUUCAUUUUCAGCACAUAAAUAGGUACAUAUUUUUAACCAAGAUGGCAAAUUACAAUUAUAAUAAUUUAACACAAGACAUCUAAAGUAUUUCUCUAACCUAGAAAUCAGCCAUCAUUGAAACCCGUUGUGACAAUAAUGAUGAUGGUGAUCAUUUAGAUUUGGUAAUUGCUGGGGGAGCACACUGAUAAAUUCAUUCCUACAGACUGGGGAACAAAAGAGUUUUUAUAUCUUUCGUUCCUAACUUUAAGAGAAAGAAUUUACCCUGAUUGAGCAGAUAUUAGGUAUCUGUGAUGAAUGGGUGGGAUGUAUCAUCCAAUUUUUUUUUUUUAGUUUUAUAACAGCAUUUUUCUUCAAAUAGUUCUUCAAGUGAAGGAUGUAUAGUUUGUUUGAUAUGACUAGCUUUCUUGAUUAGGCUAAUUAUCUCCUCUAAUUUAUGAACACUGUAUUUUUAUACAUCUGUCCGUCCCUGCUCAGCUGGAUACCACACUGUACAUGAAGAUCCAGGAGUCUUUUGUUCCUGACUGGUUCCAAGCCCUCAGUGAUGGGGACACAGACAAGGAAUGUGGCCCAAAGCGUUUGACCAAAUCUGUUGAUCGCACCUUGGACUUCCUCGAUGAAGUUCUAGAAAAGAAAGAAAAGAGUGAGGUAAGGUCAGGCUAUGGGCAAGGUGACUUUUAAAAUCACCCAAAGAAGAGGUAACAUAUUUUAGAUAAAAUGAUUUUUAAAUUUCCUAGAAUGUUGCAUAACACAUACCUGCUGAACUGUUCUUUUUUUUUAAAGGUUUUUAAAAAAAAUAAAAAAAUAAUUGAUUCUUUUUAUUGGCUUACAGGUACUUAAAAAUUCAAGUCUUAUAGGAGUUAUAGAAGGUGGCUAUAAGGAGUGGCACAGGAAACGAUCUGCAACUGAAACAGCAUCUCGCCCAGUGGAUGGUAAGACAACACUGACCCAAUCAUUCAUUUAUCUUAACUUUUCAUCAAGUAAAUUACAAUGGUAGUUUAAAUUUCAUAAUGGACCAUAUGAAGUAUUUUACUCUUUGAUGAGUGCUGCUAUAGCACCAUCUGAGAGGCGGACUUGAAUAAAAACUGGGUGGUUGGUCCAAAAGUUUUAGAAUUACAUUUUUUACAUCUGAUAGAAAAAAGUGUGAUCGAUCAAAUGUAAACUCAGUGAGCUAAAAUGACUCUGCCUCUCGAUUAUCAUUUGGUAAUAAUUUAUUUUUAAAGUAUUUAAAUUUAUUUUAAUGUAAACACUGUUAGAUGUAACAUUUUUUUUUUAAAUUAUUUCUUUAGGAUUCCUCAUUGAAGGUUUUGAAAAAGGCAACAGUCAGAAGGAUCUGUUCAGUGACCCAGACUUUACCAAGAUUCUCUUAUUUACUAUGGUUUGUAUUUUAUAUUUUUAUCUACAAUAUAUGUUUGGGCAAACAGAAAUGUAUGAUAUUAUUUCUGUGUGUCUAUGGAAUAAAUCAUUAGGUGUGUGGAUUUAAAUAUAUUUAUUAUUGGUGACAAUUUUUAACUACAAUAAUUCUUUUUUUUUGCCUCACAUACUUUAUAUUUUUGCAGCAACAUCUCCCCAUAGACAAGCCCCGAAUCAUGGAGACAGUAUGGUCUCCCCUGCAGGUUAUCAAGGCUUUCAAGUGUGGUGUGGAUAUAUUUUCCAGUGCAUAUCCUUGACAUAUUAUGUUGUAUAUUUUAUAGAAAACUUUCAGGAACUAAAGGGAAGCAAUUAUUUUGAAAUGAAUUGUUUGGAUUCCUAGUUACUUGCCUUUCAAGUCUGUUUUGAAGAGUAAGUUAACUCUUUCCACUUCUAUGUAUUUUACCACUUCUAUGUAUUUUACUUAAUAACAACACACUACCUAGUAAUCUUAUUUAUUAUAUUAACAAAUAGACAUCCGCUUCUAGAUCCUAGCCACUUAAUUUCUACAGGAUCUUAUUUUUCAGAUUAUUAUAGGAAAUGUGUAUUUUUCUUUACUCUUGACUUUCAGUUUCAGUCAUUAUUUCAGUCAUUUGGGUAUAAAUGUUAUAAUAGUAGAUGUAUAGAAUGAUCAUUAGUGGCACUGCAGCCCAUCUAGGGCCCUGGCCUGCUCCACUACAACCUUCCAUUCAGAUUGAUCCAAGCCUUUCUGCCUCCAUGUGGGGACCCCCAGCUGGUGUAAGUGUAAACCUCUACAUCGUCAAUCCAUCUCAAUCUUGGUCGACCGAUGAGCCACCUACCCCUAGAUUUCUGCCUGUAGAUUCAUCUAAAGGAUGCACUAAAGCUGCAAUAGUUGGUAUAUAGAAAUUGAAUUAAAUGCCAUCUGCUUUCCCUUAAAGGUUUUUUUAAAAAAUCCUUUAUAAUUUAACUUGGCUUUUGUGUAUUUGGGGCAAAAUCUUUGGACGACUAACUGACUCACUUCCCGUCAACCUUUUGAGCUGAAACUUGGCUUAUAGUAGACUCAUUGCUGAUGACAACACAUUAUUUCAAAUUUUCAUUUCAAAAUAAAUCUGCUGUGUGAAAGAGGGUGAAACAUUAGAAUUUUAAUAUAAAAUGAAAUAAUAAAAAAUGCAUAUAAAGGAUUUAGACAUAAAACUUUGUUUUUAGCAGUUGUUUAAUUUGUCUGAGAUGGCUCCCUUUGCCUUUCCAAAUUUACUUCAUAGGCAAUUAGCCAAGUAGCCCUGAGGGCUGGGGAAUGUAUGGUUAGUUAAACAAUGGGUUUGACCACAUAGUUAACACCAUGUGUCUUGACCAUUAUGCCAUCAUAAAUUUUUAAAAAUUAUUACACAUACAAUUUUUUUACUCAACACAAAAAAAAUGUUUGAUGAUGAUAAAAAAUGAUUUCAAAGCAUUCGAUUCCUUAACAUGGCCGCACAUACCCCUACACCUUGGCAGAGAAAGGUUUUGCUCUAGUCUGUGAUUACAAUCUGCCACCUCGUUCUCAGCCUGCCAGACUUGAGCUCCAGAAUGCCAGCCCUAAAAAAGACGAGUCUCGGGAGCUUUACAUCGAUCUCAACAGUCCAAGGUCAGUGAAUACGAAAUUUUUUUACCUGGAGUGUAAUGCGACCAGUGUGCCAUUAGUAGAAUUAUACAUUUAUAAAUGUGCAAGCUUACUGGCUUCAUUUUCAAAGACAACAAAAUUGUCAUUGGUGAGUUGUAAAUCAUGUAUUGUUUAGCAGUUGCGUUCCUUAAACACAUAGACUGCAUUCAACUUUCUUCUAUUUCAGAUAUUUUGAAGAUUUUAGUCCAUUGAUGAAUGGAUGUCAGUGUUACACAUGUUCAAACUUCACUUGUUCCUAUAUACAUCACUUACUCAAUACCAAGGAGCUCCUAGCUUAUGUAUUACUCAUGAUGUAAGUUUCUAAGAUGUGUGAUUCAAGUACCAAAUCACUGAAUACCAAGGAACUCCCAACUUGUGCAUGGCUCCUAAUUUACAUUUCUAAUAUUGCAAUUCAAUUUUGAAAGCCAUGAUUUUUUUUUUUUUUAAUGAUAUUUUAACAUUGUAGCAUCAAUAGAUUUUUGGAGAAGUAUAGUAUAAGCAUCAUUUUAAUCGCCUUAAAAAUUUAAUAAUAAUAAUCAAUCAUAUUAAACUUGGCUAAAAAGUUAGAUUUAACUUUUUUUAUUCUUUCAGGCACAAUUUCCAUCAGUACUUUGAUUUUUUUCAACACCUCCGUCAAGCAAUAAAGGAAGAUAAGUUGGAUGAAUUACAUGACAGUUUAUCCCUCCAGAUCACCCCUUUGGAUAGGUGACGAAAAAAAUAAAUCUUGGAUGAUAAUUAUUGUGACUGAUGUAACAUUCUUGUGAUUUGGAGCUUAACCAUUAAACAGAGCAUAACCAAUAAACAUUCAAACCACACAGAAUGGUUUUGUCUUAAUGUGUUGAGGUCAGUUAUUCAAUGCACAACUUUGGAAAGUUCUUUUUAUUUCAUCAAUUUUAUACAUUCUGUGGUAACAUAAAUAGGCAAUAUUUACAGUAACAUAAUGAGUUGAUAUCUCCAGCAGCAGAAAGAAGUGAUUUUCACAAUACAUAAACAUGUGAUUUUUAAACUAGCACUACGUACAUGAAAAAUGAUCAGGGAGAACAAAUAAAUGGUGAUUGUGUUUCCGUUUAAAAUUAUAUUCUGUAAAUUAAUAAAUGGCAAUGUUCAAGUCAGUAACAAAUAAUAAUUUCCGAUUAUUGUAUCACAUAUUUUGUCUUCUGGAAAAUCGUUAAGCACUAAAUGAUAUUAGAGUUUAUUUCAAAUGUAAGGAAAAAAAUAUAAAUUGUAUUUUACACAAACAUAAACCUCAAAGACCUUCAGUUAUUGUUCAAUACCUACAACACCAACUUAACUGGUACUGAUAAUUCAUUUAUAUUAUAUUUACUGCAAUGGUUACUAGUAACACCAAUAUGAAAUAUAAAAAUACAUUACCAGUAUUAAAAGAUUGAG